UGCUAUUAUUAGUGGUGCUCUUAUUGCACCAAAGUUCUUCAAUGUUUCUUAGCACCCUGACCACUGGUGGUCCCUCUCCCCCUUGUGGUCAGACCUGUCCCUGCCCUCUGGCUCCUCCCUCCCCCCUCCCUCCCGCCUCUCUCUCACCAGUGCCUGCAGAUGCCUCAGGGAAGCAGAGCUCAGACCCUAACCUGCCCUCUGCCACCUAUCCAGUCAGUCUCCGUCCAGCAGGUGCAGCUGGGAGGUCACCCUGGGCUUCUCCCCACCAGCAGGGAAGCAGAACCAUGCUGGGUCCCCUCGCCCUCCUGUGUGCCCUCCUGUUUCCAGGUGGCGAGGCAGCGAUCAGUCUGACUCAGCAGGCUGUGGUCGUGGGGCGUGUGGGCAGCUCGGCCACCCUGUCCUGCCAAGUCAGCACCUACGUCAGCUACAUCCACUGGUACCUCCACCAGGAGGGGACUGCGCCCAAGAGGAUCCUCAUGCUGGACAUGUCAAGGUUAUAUGUGCAGAGGUAUGGGGGCUUGAAAGCGGACAAAAUCGAUGCCAAGAAAGGCAAGGAAAGCAACAGCUGUGAACUGUCAGUGAAGAAGCUGCAGAAGAGCGACGAGGGCGUGUACUACUGUGCUGCCUGGGAAGAGUGGGCUGGGUAUGGCUGGGCCCACAAAGUGUUCGGUCCUGGCACACUGCUCAGGGUCACAGAUAAAAAUCCUGAUGAAGACACUUCCCCCAAGCCCACAAUUUUUCUUCCUUCAAUUGCUGAAGUAAACCUCCAUAAGGCUGGAACAUAUCUUUCUCUUCUUGAGGAAUUUUUCCCUGAUGUUAUCGAGAUAGAUUGGAAAGAACAGGAUGGCAAAACAAUUCUGACGUCCCAACAGGGAAACACCAUGAAGACUAAGGACACAUACAUGAAAUACACCUGGCUGACCGUGGGUGAAGAGUCAAUGAGCAAAGAACACAAAUGUAUCGUUAAACAGGAGAAGAAUAAAAGAAGGUUUGAACAAGAGAUUCUGUUUCCUUCAAUAAACAAAGGUGUGGUGGAGGCAAGAGGAUCCCAAGUAGACCCACAGGGGCAUUCGGAGACAAGGCGAAACACAGGGGUGGUCACUGUGAGCCCUUUGAGUUCACUGUCCUCCUCACCAGUUUCAAGGGCUGCAGAAGCUUCAGACCUCCUCCCUGGGGACCCCUUGAACACCUGCAGCCGGACUUCAUGCCACUGCCACUUAGUGCGGGCUGUCAACAACCCCCGGUUAUUGUUUGUACAUUUCUGGAAGGGUUGAAGCCUUUCCCUGCCGAGAGGCUGAUGCCCUCCCUGUGGCGAAGACACUUUUAAAAAGUGGGUUUCCCCCUUGGGGCACAUCUUUUGUGAUCUCCAGGGACCAAGUCUCCUAUUUUAGUGGGCAAGUAAUAGGCGCCUGAAGGAAAACCUUGCAAACUUUUUGGGAUUCUCUCAGUGCACAACCUUCUGCUGAUCCUUUCUGUCCUAUGCUAGCCUGUCCAGAGGGUGUAUGUCUACCCUGUCUUCUGCUCAAGCCUGUCACCACCAGGUUACGGAAGCCUUCUUAGAUCACAGUGCAAAGGAUCCUGUUGGUCACAGUUUAAAGCCUGGGGACUAGGUAUUUUAGACACGUCAUCAGAGGAAGACAGCCCUCGAACCCCCAGUAGAAGAGGGACCUUACCGAGUGCUCCUGCUGUAACACUAAAGGUAUGGAGCCUCGGGCACACAUCACACCAGUACCCUUUCCACUUGACGCCAGGUCCUGCCCAGACGCUGGACGUUUCUGAAUCAGAUGGAGACAAAGUGAGGUAGCUCACCAAUGCAUGAUGAUAAGAGAUUUUUAUUUAUCGUUUUUAAAGUUUUUGUUGGAAUUCCAGUUAGUUCUCUUGUAGUGCUAUAUUAGUUCCAGAUGCGCAGUAUGGUGACCAAAGCCACUGUAUGGAAAAGAAAGACAUUUAAGGCAUUUUAAAGUCAGCUUUUGAGAAUAUUUUAACAUUUAAUGUAAUUAUACUAACAGUUUCCUUCUUGGGAUUUACCUGACAGUUUAUACCUCAAACCCAUCUUUUUAAGAGUGACAAAAUUAGAUUGUGUGGAAGGCAUACAAUUGCACACCUGAACCACGUGUGUAGGGACAAGGACACAUUUGAACAGAAAAAGAUAAAUCAAAACAACCUCAUGACUCUCUGCAUCCACCGGUCAAUGAUCUUUGUAAAAAAAUUUUUAACGUUUAUUCAUUUUUUGAGAGACAGAGAGACCCAGAGCGUGAGUGGGGGAGGGGCAGAGACAGAGGGAGACACAGAAUCCGAAGCAGGUUCCAGGUUCUGAGCUGUCAGCACAGCGCCUGACGUGGGGCUUGAACUCACAGAUGUGAGACCAUGACCUGAUUCAAAGUCGAACGCUUAACCGACGGAGCCACCCAGGUGCCCCACGGUCAAUAUACUUUUUAAGGAAUUUUGUCUUUGUAUGUAUGUUGGAUGUUUUUUAUUUUGGUUGUUUGUUUUUGUAUUGUUUUGUUUUUACACUCUAGAUAAAUACAACCCUCAUCUCAUGUUUUAUGUAUUCAGGCAGCUAUCGAUGUGACUUGCCUAUCAUCCUAUCCCUGCAGAAAGUACACCCAGAUCCUGAGCUUCUGUAAUAAAUGGUCAGUUGGUAAAAGUAACGAGGGUAUCCGGAAGAGAUGAUAUAUGAGAGUCCACGAUGGUGGACUUAGGUUUGAUUUGUAUGGAUUGUUGUACAAGGGACGUUCCACAUGCUGUAGCUCAUCUAACCCCCCACCUCCGACCCUGAGUGCCGGCUCUGCCCGUCACUGGUAUGAUUCUCAGCAAGGUACUUAUUGACUCUAAAUCCUAUUUCCUUACGCGUAACAUGGAUUCCUCCAAAUCCAGCUCAUGUCAGUGUCACCAGGAUCAGAUGAGAUAACGCACGUGAACUUUCACAGAGUGCCUGGCACAGGAAUAACCAUCUAAGGGUACUGGCUUUCAUUUGCCUUGUUGUCAUGUCCACAAACACCUCCACUCUAGAAAAUCAUGUGCGGGACUUGCGGUUAUUGGGGUGUGCGUGAUUUGGAAAAGUAAGGCUGCUUCUGUUUUUACAUGGGAAAUUGACCUACACCAGCCUCCUUCCAACGUGUAAGAUUCUGCUGUGGAUUCUCGGGUUGGACGAUAUCGUUUUGGUGGCCACGCUUCAUGUGAGUGGUAUGUGCUCAGGACUUUACAGCAGCCACUGUUUCUGGAUGUUUUUCCAUUCAACAAGUAUUUACAGAACACCUACUUUGCCACAGGCACUGUGCUGGAAGCUGUGAGGACAGAGGGAAAACAAGAUAUAGUCUUAGAUAUUACUCCCCAGUUGUGAGGAAGAAAGAAAAAAAAUUCAUGAACUUCAACAUCUUCCUGCACAGAAAUACAGUAUAUGAAUUGAUCUACAAAGAAUUACAAGGAACCAG